UACAUAUGCACAUACCAUACAACAAUUUGGGCUCGUAAUUAGAACUUCCGGAAUAAUGUAGGCAUGUGAGCAGUUACGCAGUUGCUCCGUAGGUCUUCUUCCAAUUUGACAUGUUACGUAGGCGCUAUCGUACGUUAUGUACAUCCCAUUUUAUACUUUUUAUACGCUGGGGAUAAUCUGUUUCUGGAGUUAUGGACAGGCAGCGCAAAUCAGUAUUUUUGCUGAGAGGGAUAAACUGGCUGCAGUUCGAAGAUACUUGCCGGAGAAUAUGACGACGCCGAAGAAUGCGUCGACGAGUACAUUAAUUGUGGAUGUAAAUCCUUUCUCACCUAAUGAUCUCUUUUACAAUGCCAAUGCUGUUUGUAGGGCUGUGAAAAGCGGGAGAUUAGCCCUGAUUGGUCUAGCCGACACGGAGAGCUCCACCCAGCUGCGAUGGUUCAGUCGGGCGCUGCACGUGCCGGUGAUGAUGCGCUCUUCGUACGACCAGCUGAAUUAUUCCUACGCGAUGGCCCAAACACCCGACGGAGCCUACCACUUCAACGUCCAACCUUCGACCAUCCGCGCGGUGAUGGAUAUUAUAACGCAGGGCCACAACUGGACCGAAGUCUUUUUUAUCACCGAUUCCAACUCCAAAAGUGAUCAAGCCUGGGAAGUCUACCAGGAACACGCGAAACAACGCAAACUGGUGGCCAAUUUUUCCCCUACGUUUUUCGAAAUGAAGUCCAUACCGGAAGCCGUGAAGUACAUGACAUCGACGAUUUUGCGGACGCUGAAGAAGGAGGCCAGUAAAGACUGGCAUAUUAUCUUCGAUAUGCCGGCGGCAUCCGCCAUGAAUUUACUAAAGUCCCUGCUCAAUAAUGCCGCCGUCCGAGAGCGACAUUUUCAUUUUGUUUUCGCAGCACUGGAUUUCGAAGCCAUCGAUUUGCUCGUUCUACGCACAACGUACAGCAGUGUCACGGCACUGUCGAUGGUCCCGAAGUUGUUUGACAACAAGAUGUCGGAUAACCAUAUUAAAACGACGGCGGAUGCACUGGCGUCCGACGCCAUUAACUUUGUUACAGCGGCGCUGUCCGAAAAGUCCACUGUGAUGCCAACCAAAUCCGUGGAUUGCCGGGCUAGACCGUACGACGCUUGGGCGGACGGGAAGCUAGUUCGUCAAUGGCUGCAAAGCACUAAAUACUCUGGACUGACGGGAAAUGUCGAGUUUGACCGGUCUGGAAAUCGAAGAAACUACGAGUUCACCAUUAUGGAGAUGAGAAAUGGACAAGGAAAUCUAACACAGAGAGGGACGUGGAACGAUACGCAUGGUUUGCAGUUCUUCAACCGUUCAGAUACUAGUGACAGCCGGUCACUACGGGUCGUUGGCAUGCUUACGGACAGAUUUCUAAUGAUCGUCCCCUGCAAUUCGACGCGGUAUCGGAACCAAGAACGGCUAAGUUCGGUAUCAAACCGCUCCGAUGAAUGUUACGUCGGCUACACUGUGGAUUUCCUGCAGUAUCUGAAAACCCUAACCAACCGUUCGAUGGUGCUGCACCACAGUACAGACAAAUAUUUCUAUGGGAAUAAAAUUGACGGCACUUGGACUGGGGCUGUGGGCGAAGUGCUGCGAAAGGAAGCUGAUUUCGCGCUGGGCGACCUAAGCAUCCUCUCCGAGCGUGCUGAAGUUGUAGACUUCACGAUUCCCUUUAUCAGCGAUGACUACGUCAUCCUUAUGAAACAGGAAGGCGAGAAAAAGAAGGGAAUGUUCGGUUUUUUGGAGGCCUUUUCUUUAACGUUGUGGCUAUCGAUUCUGUUGGCGCUGAUGGGGACAUUCGUGGUCAUUGUGUUUGUGGGCCGUAUCACCUCGUCGGAGUGGUAUCAUAUCAAUGCCUGCGAUCCUGACCAGUCGCAAGUGCUAAGGAAUGAUUUUACUGUGGAAGAAGCAUUGUGGCUGGCUCUAUCCACGCUGUUACAACAAGGACCCAAUAUCAAGCCCGGUUCCAUAGCCACGAAAAUUGCCGUUGGAUCAUGGUUUAUUUGGGCGCUUAUCGUCAGCCAAAGCUACACUGCUGCAUUAGCUGCAUACUUCACCAUUGACCGCAUGCAGACGCCCAUCCAGGCCAUCGAAGAACUGGCGAACCAGAUCGACAUUGACUACGGCGUGCUGGAAGCCGAUCAGGCGUCCGAAUACUUCUUCAAACACGCCAAACAGGAUGUCUUCCAGCGGAUGAGCCUCAAUAUGAAGGAGCACAACAGUAAGGUGAAGUCCGUUGCGGAGGGUUUGCAGCGGGUGCGCCAGGGUGGUUACGCUUUCAUCGGCCCGCGGACCGUACUGGAGUAUGCCAAUAACGGUUAUCCCUGCGAUACACGCAUCAUCGGACUGCCGUUGUUUAAUUCCUUGUACGGUAUUGCCGUGCGUUCGGGAGCACCGCUAAGAAAAACCUUAACCGAAGCAAUUCUCACUCUGAAUGACAACGGCAUACUGAAGGAACUGGAAGCAAUGUGGUUUAAUCAAAAACAGUGUCGCAUUGAACAAAAAGAACAAGCGGAUCCCAAUGAAUUAAGCAAAAUUAGUCCCAACCAAAUGUUCGGCCUGUUCAUCAUACUUUCCGCAGGACUAACUAUUGCCAUGAUUGUGGCCAUUGCUGAAUUCUUGUACCGGGGUCGAGAAAAAUUUCGAAAACACAGAAUUUCGAUGGAUCGUGUCCUACUCACGCGAAAGCGACCCAGGAUAUUUGGAACUUAUAAAGGUCCACGGAGAGCCGCAACCAAAGUGCGAAAUGGUUCCGCCAACAAUCGUCCCCACAGGGAAGAAGAAUAAACAACGAGAGGCAGCACUAGCGGUAGCAUCGUACCGGCAUCGAACCGGCAAAAUCUGUGAUUCAUUGCGCAUAGUCCAAAUUUUACAAAAUUAAUUACUGGAGUUGUAUUGUAUCUAAACGCUAUUAUUCCUGUAAUUGUGCACUUUCAUCAUAUGGUUUUGGGUUGGAAAUUAAAGACUCUCAGUGAAAAGAA